CUUUCAACUGUUCACACAAUUACAUGUCAUGCUUGACUUCCAAGUGACACAGGUUCAUGAAGCAAGAUUGAGGAUCGAGGCUCCACUUCGGACAUUAACAUAUUGGCAUGUUCAACAUGCAGCCGAAUUGAAUGGCAUUUCUUGGUCCAUUACCAUUUCGAAGGACCGAGAGGCUUUAAAGAUCAGCGCUACAUCGACCGCAAGAGGCGGCCUCGGGAAGUUGGCAUCAUUGUUCAAAAAGAUGCAUGUAGUUGCCACACAUAAAGGUGCACCGCAUACAGAGUCAAGUUCUUCAAAUAGCACUUUUACUGCAUCGAUUCCGGCAAAUAGGGUUCUUUAUCAAGGCAAAUAUUGUUUCGAUCUCAUAUUCUCCACCAGCGAUGAGCCCUUACUGCCACCGUUGAGCCCAACUGAAGAAACGGAACUUACUAAAAGUCGUAACAUAAUGCAGACGAUGCUAAAGGACAUCUACUCAGUGGAUGUUUGCUUCGCAUUCUGCUCGGACGUGACAUAUGCUAAUGUUGGACUUUGGGCACAUCGCGCUAUCCUUUUGGAAUAUAAGCCUUUCGCAAAGAUGCUUGAGUCUUCAUCUAAGAAGCUAUCGUCACGAGGCAGUAAUGUUAAAAAGGAUAGCAGAGGCGAUAGCAGCAGUUUGGGCGUUCCUCUGCUGAUUUGCAUUGAUGAUUUCUCGAUAACCACUAUGUGUGCAUUGCUCAUGUAUCUUUACACAGGCAAGAUUGAACUCAGUGUGGACGCUAAGAACUAUGCUUUGAGUAUGACGGAUGGUGAACUGGUCGUGAGAGGGCUCAUCAGCCAAACUAAGGAAUCGGUUCGUUGGCCUCCUUUUGACGACACGAGCUCAAUCUGGAAGCUAAGGGACGUGAGAUGGGAUGAAUUGCUCGUGGCUGCUGACCACUUCGAGGUCGAGGGACUCCGAGAUCAUUGUGUGGAGGAGAUAUUGGCAUCAAUUGACGAGUCCAAUGUAUUCUCUAUUCUUUUCAGUACUGGUCGUUCUUUUCCAAAAAUUAGGGAAGGAGCACUUGAAUUCAUGAGUAAUAGGAUGAGCACCUUGAUUAGUAAAGGUGAAAAGGACCCCUUUUUACCCUAUGUGGACCUUCCAGAGUGUCAUAGUGUAAUGUUGGAGCUAUUGCGGUACAAGUUUUCAGACUUGUAAAAAAAAGAGAACGAUCUUUUUCCUCAUCCGCC